AUGACCGACAUCCAGAAUGGGAACUGGCACAAUGCCAAUGGAGGCGGGCUGCCGUAUCGCCGCCCACCGACCGUGGACGAAGCCCUCCCAUACUCGCCCUUUACCUCGAUCAUCCCCUUCUCACCAGAUAUCAUCCCCUUCCCAAGCGCUGAGCCGCCCACUCCUCCUUCCACCCUCUCUCCAAGUCAACGCAACGAUGCGAAGAAGGCAGUCUCCAUUCUAAACGACGAAAUCCGCGGCCAGUCCACUGCUCAGCACCUGCACGAUACACUGCAGCAGCUGCGUGAAUUGCUGGAUCGUGAAAAGUUGCCGGAGUACAACUUCAAACCAAUGCCUCAAACCGCAACCCCUCCACCGGAUAGUCCGCGCAAGGGAACUGAUGGCUCGGCUUCAAAUAACGCCCCAAAGUUGAGUCCGUUUGCCAGCAUGCUCCUGAGACAGACGAAUGUGAGCUUUACUUCGUCGGACAUCAGAUCGCCCCACCGGCCUCUCAAAGCCCAAGCGUCGGUCAAGCACGUUUCCCCUUCACCGCAGCCUCACACAGCACCGCAGCUGCAGCCUGCGACUCCGAACCAUCAGACAUUCUCGCAGAAUGGGAACCUCCCCUUCCCCUCUAGUGCCGUAUCCUCUGCUCCCAGUAAUACCUCCGCUCGACCCGUGGGACCCGCCGUAGUUAUCAAGCCCAAACAUGUUCUACGCGAUGACUACACACGCUAUGAUACCAUCACUACCUCUGAGAAUUUGUCGCAAAAGAAACAGGACGAUCAUUCAAAAGAAAGCGGCGCCAAUGCUCUUCGUCCACACGAACGCGAAAUCGCCGAUAGGAAGAUCGAAGAACUUGAAAAUCUAGUUAUGUCGCUCGAAGACGACCGAGACGAUGUUGACGGUUCAGCUCAUUUUGUCGCAGUCUCUACACCUGAAGGCGAUUUCAAGGUGCUCAACAACCGAUCAAUGGAGUCGCUCACUUCUCAGGUCACCAGUGUCGUCAAUCUUGGUCGCCUUACAGCCCUCCCUGUGGAUCUUGUGAUGCAGAUACAAUCUCUCACGCACCCGACAAUCAUCUCCACUUUAAAAAAUGGGUUAUUUUCACAAGACGACGACGCGGUGGAACUAACCCGGAGCAUCAAAACUGCCGAGACUUCCCUCAAGGCUGGCAGGCUCAUACUGGAUAUGAUGAUAGAGGGACGCGAUGAUUAUCGAUUGCGGCGGGAAGAGACUAUCGAUGUCAUCAUCGACUUGAUAAAGCUUGUUAAAGACACCUGUAUUACGCCAAUUGUGCGAGCUCACAGAACGGGCGAAGCCAAGGAUCUCUUCACUGCGGCAUGGUCAGAAAAGAAGCAACUGCAGGCUAUACUGCGGCUGUGUGGAAGUGUCCUUGGCCGAUUUGCAACCCUCAUUGGCAAGUAUAACUUGCCGGAUCGAGCAAGAAACACUCUUGAGUAUCUGAAUUUGGAGCUCCUUGUUGAACAAAACAGCGAGUCUGAGCGAGACUCCGUAUUCGGCAUUCCAAGAUUUGAGCGAUUCCGGCAGCGUGCAAUGGAUGUGUUGGCGCAGAUAUUCGCUCAGCACGCAGAGCAGCGACAGUCGAUCCUGAAUGGAAUUAUGAGCAAUCUAGAGAAAUUGCCGCACAAGAAGGCCAGCGCCAGGCAAUUUCAAUCAGUGCACGAGGUCCCGAUUAUGACGAUCUCUGCAUCCUUCAUGCGGUUUGUGCAUGUUUCUGCGACCAACCGAAAGGUUUCGGUAUCGACAGAGUCCGUGGCACAAGAGACGCACGACGACGAUUGCAGUGACUACGAGCCGGGCACAACAUUGAGCCGGCCCCAUAAGCGUAAUUCAGGCAGUAGAGCGGUGCAAAUAGCUCACGACCUUGUGGUAAACGCAUCUCAAAUCGCUGCUCAUAUCGUAAUGUCACUCGUAGCCCGAGCCAAAGGUGUUUCGAAGACAGGCGACAAGCCUUUCCGAAAUCUACUGGAUCUAUUCGUAGACGAUUUCUGCAAUGUCUUCGGGUCUCCUGAGUGGCCAGCGGCAGCCUUACUUCUCAAAAGUCUGCUCGGUCAGAUGCAGGGUCUGUUGCAGGGCAAUCAGUCAAGUGUGAACGACAAGGACAUGGCACUUGCUACGAUGGCUAGAAUUGGCUGUGGCAUCAUCGACUUCAAGCAGUCUUUGAGAGAAUCGAAAAGAAAACUGGACAUCUCACAAUCUAAUUUGUCCUCAAGAUUGGAUCGUCUCGUAGACGAUGCAAUCAGUGAGGAUGUUAGAGAGAGAGUCAAUGAUGUAGACCUGCUUGCAUUCGGUGGGCCGUAUCGAAUAGUUAUCGAGUCUCUGGGCGACUACCUGGAUCUGAAAACAAGCCCCGACGAUCCACACCUCCGUUCCGUAAGCGGUUGCCAUAUCAGCUCUUGGCUUUCCGCCAUCAACCAAGCCUUUCCGCAGCAAGACGAAGACCAGCGCCCUCAGGCCAUCAAGGAUGUGCAAAGCAAUUUAGAGUCUAUGAUAAUGGAUCCCAAGUGGUUAUCCCGGAAAUACUUUAGUCAUUUUGACUCUGUGUCCGAUACUGAGAGCAAGCUUGCUGCGGGCAUCAUCACGCUCCAGAGUGACGUUUGCAGAUAUCUCCCACAUAUCAUCACGCAUAUGGUGAUGUUCACCAGGGACAAAGAUUUUCCAAGGUUGCGCACAAAAGGCUUCACAGGUUUAGAGCAACUCAUUGAAAAAGAUCCUCGCGUUAUUGACGAGCAUACAGUGCUAGGCAUGCUUCCUUCAUUGAGGGAUAGUUCACCGUCGGUGCGCGACAGCACCCUCAAGCUGAUAGCAAGAUGCGUGGAGCUGGACCCAUCGCUUGAACGUCAUGUCCUACCCGCUGUUCUCACCAUGACGACAGAUGACAAACCUGCCCCGCGAAAGAGAGCCAUUAAACUCGCAAAAGACAUUUACCUUGGGCCUACUGCCAAGGCCAACAAGUUGAAGCUCGCAGCAGCAUUGCUUCCGCCAUCUCAAGAUACGGAGAAAAUCAUUUCUGAGCUGAGUCGGAAUAUUCUAGAGGAGAUCUGGUUUACAAAUGCCGAUGUCAAUGCUAUUACAGACGACAGCAAAAUCAAACUUCAUCGUGUCGAAAGGGCCAACUUUAUGGUGGACAUAAUUACGCACCUGCGUGGUUUGCCUUCCGCGGCAUAUUUAGAAGCCUUUGAAAAGUUCCUAGUUUACGCAUUAUCACCCGAGUCCAAAAACCCUGCCGCGAACUUGCGACUUUGUAAGGAGCUUGUUACCGAUUUGGUGGACGGGAUCAUUAGCCCUGAAUCUCAAGCAAAGAAGGGCUCGCAAGCUCGCAUCAUGCACACGCUGAGCCUAUUCGCCAAAGCAAAAGCCAAGCUUUUUACAACAGAGCAGAUUCAACUAUUGAAGCUUUAUAUCAAGGACGCUACUACUACCGAGGAGAUUGAUCUGGUGCAGCCCACCGUCAUUGUUCUCCGGCAUACUUUGCCAUCCCUUCCAGUGACGCAGCAUGCAUUCGCAGAAGAGGUGCGAAUCACCCUGCUGCGGAACAUCUCGAAAUUUGCGAAACAUGCAGCUACCCAUCCUGACAUGAAGAAUACACUAGAGGACGUUGUGCAUUGCUUGUGGACGAUUAGUACAAUGCCAGGCUUAGGAGUCGAGAAGAUUGCUAUUCCUGUAGCCUCUGUUCUCUGCCAACUACGGCCACUUCAAACGUGGACUAAAGACCAGAAUGCUGCACUGGGUAACAGGAUCCCGACAUAUUUGAUUCUGCUGGGUACGUUUGGUAAAGUCUGCAAUUUCAACCAAUAUGCCGACACAUUCUGGGAGAAACUGGGUUUGGAAGCGCGAAAGCAUGUCCAUAACAAGACGUUCACGGAAAAGCAAAUGGAACCGUUCCUCAAAAGCAAGAUACCGCCAUCACGCCUUCUCCUGGACACUGUUCGGCCCUUUACCAUGCAGCAGUGGGAUGCUACGAUUCGGGAACAUGCCUUGUGGAGUUUGGGUGGUGUCUGCCAACAGUCACCUGAGCUAUUCAUGCGCGCAGAAGUUGAGAAAGUGGUCAAACUCAUCUUUAUCAAUGAAGACACCGACAGCUUGAAACGAAUCGCGUUAUCAUUCUUCAGGGACUACUUCACCUUCGCAGAGCGACGUUCCGAAAGCGGUGCGCAGAUUGCAAUUGGCAAGGGAGCUGCAACAGGCUCUGCACGGUUAGAAACGUCCUUUGUUGCGAAUGAGAAUGACUCUGCGACACUCCACUUGGCCCAGAACUUCUUGUCAAAUUUUGUGGACACCGCGCUGAAGACGAAUAACGAACUCGCAGAACUCGCUGCCAGCGUUGUUGCUAGUAUCAGUCGACAGGGACUGGUUCAUCCCAAGGAGUGCGGUGCUGCCCUGGUCGCAUUGUCAACUUCGAGGAACAAGAAGAUUGCCGACUUGGCUGCCACGGAACAUAGACGCAUACAUGAGAAACAGGAGUCCUACCUUGAAAAGGAGUAUAUGCAGGCCAUCCGCAUGACCUUCCAGUAUCAGCGCGACGUCUUCGACGACCCCCGCGGCAUGCUUGAGGUCACGUACAGUGCUAAGCUAUCAAAGCUUUUCGACGCGCUGAAAGCCGGUGCCAAAGCGACUUUCAAGAAAUUCGUCACAAAUUUCUGUAAACAAGUCGAUUUCGACUUUUCUAGGCUGGACGCUAGCGGAAACUUGCCUGAAGCUCUUCUUUUCGCUCGCUUCUGUCUGGAGAAUCUCGCAAUGCUGGAUUUCCAGUCUAUGGAUGUUCUCUCGGUCUUUCUCGUUGCGAUUGAAGCGAUUGUCUUCAAGACAACAGGGCCUGUUGUAGCUCUCGCUAUUGAGACCGAGAUGCCAAAACAGUUUAUAUCAUUGCAGCAACCUCCGACGCAAGAUUUACACGACGAGCAGAUGCAGGACGGAAACGGCUUCCUGGCGCCAAUGCCACUUCCCGACCCUGCACCUCCGUCCUCCCAGCUCGCACCCCCAGCCAUCAGCGACACCCGCCUUCGCCAGAUAACAGUGGCAUGCAUGAUUCUGCAAAUGAUCUGGGAAACCCGCAACUUUGUGCGACGCUGCUACAACCUCCAAAAGCUCACAGGCCGCAUCCCCCAAAAAGACCUCAUCAAAGAAGCCAAACGCAACAACCUCGUCUCCGGCAAAGAACUCUGGGAGCGCCUCUCCACCCUCCUGACCGCCCUCGACACCCGCGACUCCAUGAUCAAACAAUGCUACGACUUUGCCGACCUCCUCGAGGUCGAUCGCGAGGCCAAGAUUGGCGACGAAGACGUCGAGGAUCUCGGUCUUGGUGAUGGCUACGAGACUCCUUCUGCCGAUGCAGAGGAUGAUGGUGAUGCGGGCACGGCCCCGCCGAGCGGGAGAGGGCGCAAGAGGAAGAAUAGCGCGAGUUUGCAUAAUACGCCUAAGAAGGCGCGGGGGCGGCCGGCGGGGGCGAAGAGUAAGAAGAGGAGUGGGAGGUCGCCGGGUGGGGAUGGGGAGUCGGAGUAG